AUGAUGGGCCUCUUCGCCUGGCGCUUCGGAAACACGAUGCACCAUCACGCCGACAAGGUCCAGGCGGGACAGACGCCCAUGAUUGAAUACGCCUGGGAGGUGACCAACAUCGCCAUGUCGCUGAUCGCGUCGCUGUGCACUUUCGUCGACGCCGGCCGGUACUACACCGAGUCGCUGACGCCGUGGACCAUGCUCUUCACGCACAUCGUCAAGGCGACCUGCGCCUUUGCCAUCCUCGCGCUCGAUGUGGCCGUGUACGUCAUCCUGAGCGAGGAAAAGUACUCGCUCGUCGGCAUCGCCCUGGACAGCCUCUUCCUCCUCUUGACUGGCGUCAUGGCCACGUACGCCUUCCUCGCCUACCGCCGUCUCUCCGCGUACGACGACUACGCCCACCCGGCCAACGUCAAGGGCUACGGCUUCAACGACGACUGCUCUACGUACGGCAACACGUCGUACCUGCCCGCCAGCAAGCGCAGCUCGAUCCGAUCGUCGUCCGGUCGCCUCAGUAUCGGCUCCGUGUACGACGGGACCACUUUCCCGGCAGUCCCCCUUGACAUCCUGGACACCACGCCGUACCACCACCAGCGAGACACCCAGUUCGACGAUUACAUGGCCCAGCGCAACUCGUUCCACGCCGCUCGAGAAGCGCCGUCCAUCGCGGGGGAUUACUUCGCGCGCAGCAGUCCGCCCGGAGGGGGCUCGCCGAAGGGCCUCUCGCCGCAGACCCUCUCGCCUGGUGUCCAGGCCAAGACUACCCUCCAGCGGGGGCCGUCGACGAGGUCGCGCGCCGUCAGCUGGUCGAGCGACCACGUCUUGGUUGCGGUGCCGGAGGAGGAGGACGAGGCCGAGACGGGUACACGCGGGCAGGCGGACCAGGUGUCCCUGCUCAGCCCGGACGGCUACGAGGUGCCUGGCUCAGACGGCCCGCGCGUGACGCAGGAGACGGAUAUACCAGAGCCUCAGCACAAGUGA